AUGCCGAUCUGCUUCAGCGUCCACAACUUGGCAGGCUACAAUGAGAGGUGCAACACCGUGCUGUACAGGGAGCCCAUACGCACGAACAAAUCUUACGCCAGCAAGUACAUUAUUUUCUUCCCAGGGGACUAUUCAAAUUUUUUCACCAACUCUAUAUAUACGUCCUUUAAGCUAGAGGCUACUAACGAAUGCUCAGACUACUGCUACAGUUAUGAAGCCCUAUUCUGGGUCCUAUCCUCCAAGUACUUGUAUGACCACUUAGUUUUUAUUAAGCCUAGCCUUUUUGUAAAUCACUUUUCCUCCUUUUCUAAUUUUUUAAAUCCAUCUGAUGUUUCGCUCAGCGGGCAUGGUCACCCUGUGACUGUGGCAAGAGGGACAGGGCACGUUAACACAGGGGGAACAAAUCCCGGCGAUGCGGUGGUGCCUGCCAAAAGUGUGAACCAUUUGUUGUGUCUGCUGUUAUCGCUGGAUGAGCGGCUAUCUGGGGGGAGCGUCGGAAGCGGGGAAAGCGGACUAAACGGGGAUCACACCGCGUCCGUUAAUGGCACCCCAUGCGGUGAUUCUAAUGGGGAAGGGACUCACACAAGUGCGCAUGGGAGGAGUGACCACACUGAUGGACCCCCACCGCUGAGCCCACUAAAACGCAGACUCGUUUUGAUCGGAUUCAGCAGGGGGUGCUCAGUUCUGUUCGCCCUGAUGAGGGAGGCCAACGAGGGUCAGCUUCUCCUUCCGUACGUCGAUUCGGUGUACCUCCUAGACCCCGGGUUCAACAAAAGGCUAUACAACACCGAGAUAGAAAGCAGCGCUUUAGAGAAGGUCGCUCAGUGCGGACUGAAAAUAUUCCUCCACUCGACGCCUCACCAGGUGACCAACAAAAACGAUGUGCACAUCCACAGCGAACUGUUAAACUUUUUGAAGAAGCUGAGGCAGCAUGGGGUAGGGACCUUCCCAUAUAUACACUACAUUAGGAAUGCCAAGUUGGUGAACCACCUAAAUCUGCAUUUUGAAAUCCUCGUGGAUUUUACCGACGACGUGUUGGAAGACCCCAGCGAGGCCUCCUCCCUGUCCAGGUCCUGCAAGGAGCAGGGAAUCACCGUGUGCAGGAGCAAAACGUCUGUCAGGGAUUUCUUGUUUGAAAAUUGGAGGAGCAAUUAG